AGAGCGAGAGUCAGUUAUUAUAUGUUCGCAAUUGAGUGUGUAGUAAGUAGUACUUGUAAGAACUAAGAAGUGAGGCGAAAGUGUGAAGCUCAACAACCGAAAUCAAAUCGAGGGAAUGAGGAUCGUUGGACUCACGGGUGGAAUAGCGUCAGGGAAGAGCACCGUGUCGAAUCACUUCAAAUCGCACGGCGUUCCCGUUGUCGACGCCGACAUUGUUGCUCGCCAAGUCUUAACAAAAGGAAGUGCUGGAUGGAAGAAAGUCGUCGCUGCUUUCGGAGAUGAAAUCCUCCUCGACAAUGGAGAAGUCAACAGAAUCAGGCUCGGCCAAAUCGUCUUCUCUGACCCUGACAAGCGUCAAUUUCUCAAUCGGUUGCUUGCUCCUUACAUAUCGCGGGGAAUGUUUUGGGAGGUUUUGAAGCUGUGGAUGAAGGGUUAUAAGGUCAUUGUUCUUGACGUGCCUUUGUUGUUUGAGGCAAAGAUGGAUAGGUUCACGAAGCCUGUUAUUGUGGUGUGGGUUGAUCCCGAGACGCAGAUUCGGCGGCUCUUGGUGAGAGACAGAUCCAGUGAGGAGGAUGCGCGAAAUAGGGUUAAUGCUCAGAUGCCGUUGGAUGUUAAGAAGGGUAAAGCUGAUAUAGUUAUAGAUAACACUGGUUCCUUGGAUGACUUGACUCAACAGUUUCAGAAAGUUCUUGUUGAGGUCACUAGGCCAUUGACAUGGACUGAGUUUUGGCUUUCCAGGCAGGGAGUCUUCACUAUUAUCGCUUCUGUUACCUCUGGUGUUGUUUUGUUUGUGAAGGCAUUUAGUAAUCAUGUCCACACUUCAUAAAUAGACACUUGUGUUCUACUCAUUUGUUGAUGUAUUAUUGAUAUUAAUAAAUUUUAUUUCCUCUAAGGCCUGAAUUCAUGAGUUCAUGAGUUCAUUUAUGUAUCACUCUUUUAAAAAUGCUGCUGUUCAAAGAUGAAUAAAUUUUACUUU